AUGGCACAGCAAUCUGUUACCCAGCAGAUUGAUGGCCUGCUUGCGCAGGUCAAAGCGCUCGAUCUCUCAUCCUUGAGUGCUUCGGAUCGGGCCAAGGCCCAGCAAUCCGUCCUUGAUGUUUUGUCAAACGUUGAAACACCUUACGAGCACCUGCUUAGAUUAUCCGGAUCUCAUCUGCAUCUUGCUUGUCUUCGCCUUGGAGCAGACGUGUCACUUUUCACGACUUUGGCUGAGAGCAAAGAACCCUUGACGGUCAACUAUCUCGGUGAAAAGCUUAACGUCUCCCCCGACCUUCUUGGCCGCGUAUUACGAUUCCUGGCCUCUGUGGGGACAGUAAAGGAGACGGCCGUGGACACGUUCGCUCCUGACAAGACUAGUCACGCUAUGGCCAGCCUGGGUCUGGGUUCUGGAGUGCAUCUCCUGUACGUCGCUAUUACCCUCUCUUCCAACGCAAUGUCGUGA